AUGUCGGAGGAAGAUCAGGAAAUUAUGGCGCGAAUCAGCCGUGUCGCUGGCCACAUCAAUCGCCACAAGACUCAGCAGGCAGGGUUCACUCCGGUGCACGGCGCCCGGCCUCAGCGGAAUCACAGCUUUGGAGCCUCGGGCUCGUGGCACCGUGGAGGCCAUCCAUACCGCAGCCAUUACAGCCCCCGCGUGCAGCCCGUCCAUCGCCACCGAUCACUCGUCCUCAACAAUACGUCACAAUCCAGCAACGCCAACCCCGGCGACGCAGAGUCGGCAACCGCGUCGGACGCGUCUAGCCCUUCGUGGGUUACUAAAACCGACCGCCAUCUUCAGUUGAUCAACACUUCGAUUUACGAGAAGGAGACGCAGGCACGGACGCGGGCCAUCGAGCAAACACGCCGCCAAAAGCAAACGGCCAGAGAUGAGCGUGAGCGAACUAAACUAAUCAAACAUUUACAUCGCAUGGCAAAUGUUGUUAGCACAGGAUCCGGACAGGCGAGCGAGCAGGCGCCCGCGGGCAAGUACGAGCUUGCCGUCCAGGGCAUUCGCUUCCUCGUCGCUAAGAACGGCAGCAAGCUUGUCAAAGUUCCCGGUGACGGCAACUCGGCAAAGGCGACGCCAAAGAUGGCAGUCGUCGGAGGGGUCAAAUUCUACCGAAGCAAGAACGGGAACCUCUACCGACACGGAAUCGUGAAGGCCCAGCGGUAUGUGCGUCCGGGUUUUUGCGUGCAACAACUGACGCGAGCGUCUGGUAGACAAGCCGGAGCGGUUAAGAAGGUCGACGUGCCUUGCAAAGCGUUCUCCAUGACCGGUAACUCCAUUGUCCCCAACAAACUACGAGGCCCGAGACCAUAUCGGGUCGACUGGGAUUCGGUAAGUCCGCGAAUCCCCACUAACGCAGCCACAGGUUCCUGCACGAUCGGGCCGCGAUGCCGGUACAUCCACGACCCGGAGAAGGUAGCUGCCUGCAAGGAUUAUUUACAACAAGGGGAGUGCGCCAACGGAGAGUCGUGUGAUCUCUCGCAUGACAUCAAGGCGGAGCGAGCGCCGACUUGCCUGCACUUUGUGCGAGACAGUUGCACCAAGCCUCACUGCAGAUAUGCUCACGUGAAAGUUUCUCCAGCUGCCCCGGUAUGUCAAGCGUUUGGACUCUACGGCUACUGCGACAAGGGCGCCAGCUGCCCUGACCGCCAUGCUUUUGAGUGCCCUGACUUCAGCAACACGGGCGUCUGUAAAUCCAAGGGCUGUAAGCUGCCCCACCGGGAGAGGGCAAGCGUCCUCCGCAGAGCGACCAACGCCCGAGAGGUAUCCGGAAACGACGAGAUGGAGGAUGUCUCGAGCGACGACGACGGAGAGUCGGUGAAUAGCGACGACGUGGACUCUGACGAGGUUGACGAGUUCAUUGGCCAAGACGAGACGGGCGGUCUCGAGUUCUCGGAGCAGAAAGACUUCAUCGAACUGUGA